AUGUCAUUCAGCAGCCACCCUCCGGAUCACGCAAGUGACCAGGAGGACAAGGAUGCUUUGGCAUCCCCUGCAGCCUCUAACCGUCCUAAUUCUGACACCUCUGGUGGCUUCAGGCUUGAGAGUUCUGUUCAACGAGAGUCUACUCAACAGGAGUCUGUCAAGGACAUUGAGCUUCUCAUCACUGAGCUUGAGGAGGAAGAUGGUAAAGAGCCUGACCCAGAGGCGAUCACCAUUGCUGAAGGAAACGGUCUCCGCUAUCAGCCUGAUCUGCUCGAAACCGACCUCAACCUGGGCUUGAGUGAUGCAGAGGUCAUCGCUGCACGCCGCAAGUAUGGCAGAAACUGCCUGAAGGAAGAGCGCCGAAACAACAUGGUGAAGUUCUUGAAGCUUUUUGUCGGACCGGUGCAGCUGGUCAUGCUGGGCUCCGCGAUUUUGGCUAGCGGCAUGCAGGAUUGGGUUGACUUUGCAGUCAUCUGCAGUCUGCUGAUGCUCAAUGCAGUCGUCAGCUUCGCCCAGGAAUAUCAUGCAGGAAAUAUUGUCGAUAGCCUUAAGAAGACACUGGCACUCAAGGCUACUGUGACCCGAAAUGGACAUGUCCUGGAGAUAGAUGCAGGGGAAGUGGUUCCUGGUGAUGUAGUUCACCUUGAAGAUGGCACAAUCAUUCCAGCCGAUGGUGUCAUACUCAGUGAAGGAGCUCACUUACAAGUCGACCAGUCGUCCAUCACCGGUGAAUCUCUCACAGUUGAUAAACAUCACAAUGACAAUUGCUUCGCCUCAUCCACCGUCAAGCGAGGAGUUUCCCUUAUGAUUGCAACUGCAAUUGGGGAUCAGACCUUUGUUGGACGGGCUGCGGUACUCGUCAAUCUUGCGGAUAACGGAACAGGUCAUUUCACUGUGGUCCUGAACGGCAUCAGUAUGAUUCUUCUGGCCCUCGUGAUCAUGUCUUUGUUUGUGGUCUGGGUGGGAUCCUACUACCGUUCAAACCCGAUCAUAGACAUUUUGCAGUUCACACUGGCAAUCACUGUCGUUGGAGUACCAGUUGGUCUUCCGGCUGUUGUCACCACCACAAUGGCUGUCGGUGCAUCCUACCUGGCCAAGCGACAAGCAAUUGUGCAGAAACUAUCCGCCAUUGAGUCACUGGCAGGAGUUGAGAUUCUCUGUUCCGACAAAACAGGCACCUUGACCCGCAACAAGCUUGCCCUUGGUGACCCGUACACAAGUCCCAAUGUCACCCAGAACGACCUCAUGUUGACCUCAUGCCUGGCAGCAAGUCACAAGAAGAGAGGAAUUGAUGCCAUCGACAGAGUCUUCCUCAAAGCUCUCAGGGCGUAUCCUGAGGUAAAGGUAGCGAUUGGAUCAUACAAGGUCAUCGAGUUCCACCCAUUUGAUCCCGUUUCCAAGAAGGUCACGGCUGUUGUUGAGUCCCCUGACGGUGAGCGAAUCAUCUGUGUCAAGGGUGCACCUCUUCCAGUGCUGCGAACUGUCAAGGAUGACCGCCCCAUCGACGAGCUUGUUGAAACUGCAUACCUUGAGAAGGUCACCGAGUUUGCCAGCCGCGGAUUCCGUGCCCUUGGUGUUGCUCGCAAGAUGCUGACCGGAGAUGCCGUGGGCAUUGCACGAGAGACCGCCCGUCAGCUCGGACUUGGCACCAACAUCUACAAUGCGGAACGCCUGGGUGUGACUGGUGCUGGCGACAUGCCUGGCUCUGAAGUCAAUGACUUUGUCGAGGCUGCGGAUGGCUUUGCGGAGGUAUUCCCUCAACACAAGUACAGCGUCGUGGAGAUUCUCCAAAAGCGAGGUCAUUUGGUGGCCAUGACUGGAGAUGGUGUCAAUGAUGCUGCGUCGCUGAAGAAGGCUGAUACUGGUAUUGCGGUCGAGGGUGCUUCCGAUGCUGCGCGCUCAGCUGCGGACAUUGUUUUCAUGGCUCCCGGCUUGUCUGCCAUUAUUGACGCCAUCAAGCUCUCCCGGCAGAUUUUCCACCGCAUGUACUCGUAUGUGAUUUAUCGCAUUGCCUUGUCACUGCACUUGAUGAUCUUCUUUGGCCUGUGGAUUAUCUCCAUGAAUUCGGUCAUGGAUCUCCGCUACAUUGUCCUGCUGGCUAUCUUCGCCGACAUUGCCACGCUGGCCAUUGCCUAUGAUAAUGCGCCAUUCUCGAUUUCCCCGGUCAAAUGGAACCAGCCCAAGCUAUGGGGAAUCGCCAUCAUCAUGGGCUUCAUCUUGGCGGCGGGGUCCUGGAUUGCAUUCGGCACCAUGCUCCUGCAUGGGGAGAGUGGCGGUCUGGUACAAAACUUCGGUAACCGCGAUUCGGUGAUGUUCGUUGAGAUCACCCUCACUCAGAAUUGGCUGAUCCUCGUCACUCGUCAUAUCGAUGGGCCUUUCUGGAAGAACCUGCCAUCGUUGCAGCUGCUAGUGGCGGUUCUGGCCGUCGAUAUCACCGCGACGCUGAUGGUGGUUUUCGGCACGUUCGGUCAUCCGGCCACCUCCAUUGUGGCCGUAGUUCGCACCUGGAUCUUCUCUGUCGGCGUUGUUGUUAUACUUGGAAUCGUGUAUAACUUUCUGCAGAACUCGCCAGGGUUCGACGACCUCAUGCAUGGUCGGAGCCUGCGAGCCAAGGCUCGAGAGCGGUCCUGGGAGGACUUUUUGCUCUCUCUGCAGCGGGUUUCGGCCCAGCAUGAGAGAUCGACUUGAGAAGUGAGCCUGGGAAAACUCCCCAGAGACUCUCACUCUCAAGGAGAUGGGCGAUGGCGUUCGCUGGCGAGGCCCAUGCAAUGUGGGCUCUCGUCAAAGAUAUCAAAGGGGUGGAUCGGAGGAUGGAGAGAAGGUGAAUGGUGUGAGUUUUGAUUUUGUUGUGAAAGGUCUGGGCGAGAGUUGUCCACCAUGAUAUGUUGACCACGAGGCAGUCCAUUCUUAGCUCCGUAUGUUUUACGACA